AUGAGUUUCCACAAGGAGGACGGAGUGAGCAGCCUGUGCCAGAAGGCGCUGCACAUCGUCACCGAGCUGUGCUUCGCGGGCCAGGUGGAGUGGGAGAAGUGCUCGGGCAUCUUCCCCGCGGACAGGGGCAGCCAGGGAGGAGGCAGCACAGAUAUUUCAGUCAGCUUGUUAGCAGUCGUUGUCAGCUUUUGUGGCCUGGCCUUGUUGGUUGUCUCACUUUUUGUCUUCUGGAAGUUGUGCUGGCCUUGCUGGAAGAGCAAACCCGUGACUCCCAACGUUAGUACCAUUCCACAGAGCAUGUCAAGUGCUCCUACUGAAGUUUUUGAGACUGAAGAGAAAAAGGAGGUUAAAGAAAAUGCAAAGCCAGCACUGAAAGCUCUUGAGCCUGCGAUAAAAAUCAGCCACACUUCCCCUGAUAUCCCAGCAGAAGUCCAGACUGCUUUAAAAGAACAUUUAAUUAAACAUGCACGUGUGCAAAGACAAACUACUGAGCCUACGUCUUCAUCCCGCCACAAUUCCUUCAGGAGACACCUACCAAGGCAAAUGCAGAUUUCCAGUGUUGAUUUUAGCACGGGCACGGAACCUAUUUUACAAAGAGGAGAAACAACAACCAGCAUUGGCAGGAUAAAACCAGAGCUCUACAAACAGAAAUCAGUUGACUCUGAGGGCAACACGAAAGAAGAUGUCAAAACCUGUGGGAAAUUUAACUUUACCCUGCAGUAUGAUUACGAAAAUGAACUUCUAGUUGUUAAAAUUAUCAAAGCCUUAGAUCUCCCUGCUAAAGACUUCACAGGAACUUCAGACCCUUAUGUGAAGAUGUAUCUUCUUCCAGACAGGAAAAAGAAAUUUCAGACCCGCGUCCACAGAAAGACUUUAAAUCCUCUAUUUGAUGAAACUUUUCAGUUUCCUGUAGCAUACGAUCAACUAAGCAACCGAAAACUACAUUUCAGUGUAUAUGAUUUUGACAGAUUUUCUAGACAUGAUAUGAUUGGAGAAGUGAUUCUUGACAAUUUAUUUGAAGUCUCCGAUCUCUCCAGGGAAGCCACAAUAUGGAAAGAUAUUCAUUGUGCUACCACAGAAAGCAUAGACCUGGGUGAAAUCAUGUUUUCCCUUUGUUAUUUGCCAACUGCUGGACGUAUGACCUUGACAGUCAUCAAGUGCAGAAAUCUGAAGGCUAUGGAUAUUACUGGCUCAUCAGAUCCUUAUGUCAAAGUGUCUCUGAUGUGUGAGGGUCGAAGAUUAAAAAAGAGGAAAACAACUACAAAGAAAAACACUCUAAACCCUGUGUACAAUGAGGCCAUUAUUUUUGACAUCCCUCCGGAGAAUGUGGACCAGGUCAGCCUCUCCAUUGCCGUCAUGGAUUAUGAUAGGGUAGGACACAAUGAGGUCAUUGGAGUGUGUAGAACAGGCCUGGAUGCUGAGGGUCUUGGGCGAGACCACUGGAAUGAAAUGCUGGCCUACCACCGAAAACCAAUAACACACUGGCACCCCUUGCUGGAGCUACCUGGCCGGGCGACCAGUUUUGAUAGUCAAGGAUCCUGUCCAUCUCCCAAACCACCUCCCACACCGUAAUGCCUCCAAAAUAAGACCAUUAUAAUCAGGACCCAGGAUCAUGUGCUCAUCAGAUCAGAAAAAAAGCGGACGGUUUGAUUUCCUCAUUUAAAAUACAUCUUGAUAAUGAACAAACUUGUGCAAUUUUUCAUUUACUUUUUUUGUCUGUUUAUUAACUUUGGACAUCUUGAUAUAUUUUACUUGAAUACAAAUAGUCCUUACUUAUAGAAGGCAUUUUAUUCUUCGUGUCAUAUGCCUAUUAGCACAAAGAGUGUUUUAAUAAGUUGUAAUUGUUUUCAUAAGCAAAGAAAUAUGUUUUUUAGAAAGAACCCAUACUAAUCUGAAAUUGAAUAUAGUGUAUGCUGCUAUUGUAUACAGGAGCACAUGUCACAUAUGUAUGGUUUUGAUUUUGUUACAAUGAUGUUUAUUUCUAGGUGUGCACAUGGUUCUAUAAAAACUUUAACAGAAAUUUCAGACUUAACUUACACAACAUUAAAAUAUUUGUGCUAUCAAAUUAAUGUUACCCAUCUGAUAAUAUAUUCUUUCAUUCUCAGCAAAUUCUUUUCUUGGUAAGGCUUGGCUCUGCCAAACUCAAAACUUUGUCUCUCAAGCUUGUUCUUUAAAACAUACAGAUGGAACUAUAAUUUAAAGAACCAUUUUGAAUAUAAAUUUAAGAAGUAAUAUUUAGUAGCUGGAAAAUGGAG